AUGGCAUCGAUUCCCACGAUCUUCGCCACGGAGUGGGCAGAUGCCAGGUUGGCCAUAAGACUCACAAUGCUCAACACGAGCUGGCAGAGGGUCAUGGUUGAGUGGCUAGAAGUACAGACGUCCGUCGAUCUCAGAAACGCAUGCGAUGCCGAACUGACCUCUGUAAGUCGUUUGUGCCCAAAGCUGGAGUCCUUGGACAUCAGUGACAGCGAGGCGCUGACAUCAUCGGCUGUUGUGGAUGCCCUUCGAAGGUGCCCAAACCUGAAAACCUUAAUUGCAUGGGGUUCCAACCCGGCGCAAACUCUGCGCGGUUGGCGAGCAAUCCAGGAGGCCAAGCCAGAUCUCGCGGUAGUCGGACGCCAAGCCCGCUUGGUGAUUCGGGUUCGUGCACCCAACCUGGGCUGGGAUCGGGAGGUACGGUUCGAUGUGAGAGAGGGUUUGCCGCUGGGUAAACUGAUGGAAACAUGGUGCAGCCGCUUUGGGAUCUCGUCAUCGCAGGUUCGUUUCCUGUCGGACGGCGAGCGCAUCUCCCCAAGCGACACCUGUGCUUCCUUGGGUCUAAAAGAUGGCGACGAGCUGGAUGCAGUUCUUGAGCAAAUGAACAUAGGCCAGUGGCAAGCGCUCGACGUCCCGGAAGCUUCUAUGACGCAGCUUGACCGACUUCUACAUGGCAAGUUAGAGCCGCAUCAGGUUGCCAAGGAGACGGUCCUUUCCAUAGCUCGCUCGGUUCUUGCCCCGGCUGCAUCACCCCGGUUGCAAACGAUGAACUCGGUGCAAGGCGAAGUGGCUCUCCCGUGGAAAUCCUGUAAAGUUCUGGAUCGUGAUCAAUGCAAGAAGCUCGUGGAGUGGACAGAAAGCUCCUUCGAGCGGGGGCAAGAUGUUCAUGACUUCCAGCUGCGGCUCACGGCUGCCCAGCUGGAUCAGCUGACCUGUGACAACACCAGCAGGACUCUCACUGCCUGCGCGGAGAGUGUACUGAAUGGGCAGGAGGUGGCCCCGCCCUAUUUCAUCCUGCGUCGGCAUGCCGCCAGUGACAGACAACGGCUUCGAAUACCUUUCCAUCGAGACUACAGCCUCGCAGUGGUCAACGUGAGCUUGAAUUCGGAGUACACCGGCGGAAAGCUCAUGUUUGUGGAUGGUGCUCGUCUCAUAUGCCCAGAACGAAAACCUGGCUGCGCCACCGCGCACAAUCAGACUGCCAUCCAUGGCGUUUCCAGCAUAACAGCUGGAGUGCGAUACAACCUUUUGGCAGCUUUCGAUUCAGCAGAGUAG